CAAGAAGAGGAAGAAGAAGGCUGUGUCCAGAUAGCAAGCACCACGUUACUGAAGCAGAAAGAAAACUGCCGAUAUGCUGCCACCAGAGACAGGGACGACGUUUCCAGCGUUUGAAAGCGCAGACGAGGGGAGCAUCCACCUGCGGGAGCCAGACAUCUACUUGUUAAGGUCUAUUGAAGACACUCAGGAAGACAACGAAGAGUGGCAAAGCGGGAGCAGUCCGGAUUCGAUCCCGCUAAUGGUCUGCGUGUUCGGCCUGCUACCCGGAAUUAUGAUCGCUGCACUGCUGACCAUCUAUUUCGUCUCGAGUGAUUCGGUAUCCGAAGCCACCAUGAAGGGUACACAAGCGCCAGAAUCUCCGGGCGGUAGCGUUGUUGUGCCGAGCGUCGAGUCAAUAAGUCCCCGGCAGUCACACACAGUGGAAACUCCUUCACCUCUUUCCACAACCAAGACUGUACCGAUUCCUAAGGUAUCACCUGUUGUGGGGACUGAAACUGCACUCCCGACAACUGUUUCACCUGAAACGGCACUCCCGACAACUAUUUCACCAUCUGUUGGUGCGGGCGACAAGGUAUGCCUAACCGACGAGUGUCACUUCGUGGCUCAGUGGCUGCGGCAGAAGCUGGUCCCGGAAGCAAACCCGUGCGAAGACUUCUACCGUUUUGUAUGCGGCACAUUCAAGGACGGACCGGACCUUACCGCCUUCACUAGGGGUAAUGAUACUAUGAGAAGCAUCACAAUAGGAGCAGCGUAUGCUGCCCGGGUUCCAGCCACUGGUCAGACUUCAUGGCAAAAAGCUGCCGGCAUGUUCCAGGCCUGCGCUUCCCUCAUCGCGACAAACCGCACCGAGACGGCUGACCUUGUGGCGUGGAUGACGUCGAUUGAUUUGGACCUGAAGAACGAGACUGCGCUACAGAGCGUCGACCCAAAGGACAUGAUGGUGCGCUGCUCACUCGAUUUCGGAGUCCACGCAAUCAUUUCCAUCAGACUUCUCGAACUCUUCUUCUUCAAGAAGAAGAGGGGACUUAUGCUGACUUACAGCGAAAGAGACUCUGAGCGCCAGGCUUCAGUCAGGAUUGUUUCGGAAAAGGCGAAGUUGCAUGAUUACGUCCAAGUUCUCAGCUUCUACGGCUUGGACCAAAAUGAAACAGAGAGACUCGCUUUCCUCAUCAGCAAACACGAGUCAAAACUUGACAACAUCGUCUUGAAUGAAAGGGCGUCGCAAGCCGAACCCUUGCUGGGAAAGAUUCGUUCCAUGGGAAAACUUACACGACCGUACGUCAAAGGAGGUGAAUGGUCCACGGCUUUUUCCAAAUACACCAAUAAUACCUACAAAGGCGACGACCUCAUAGUGUAUAAGACGGACAUACUCAACAUUGUCGCUGCACUCUUCAAGUCUGUGAAACGGCAGUGGAUUAGCUACCUCAUCGCUUGGAGCGUCUACAGGCAGCUGCUGCCGUUGACAGAUCGGAGGUUUUUAGCGAACCCGAAAGAACCAAGCAAAGCCUGCUAUUCUUUCGUCAAACAGGUGAUGAACCUGGCCAUUGCGGCUCCGUACCUUCUCUCCGUGACCAACCAAAAGACGCUGAAUGAGACAGCAUCAAUGGUUGAAAAUAUUCGACGAGCCUUCCGGACAGCCUUCGAGACAUCAGGCUGGGUCACAGGUGAUGUAUUACAAUUGGCGAUACAGAAACUCACAAAGAUGAAGUACUACGUGGGAAGUCCUGGACAGCGGCUAGACCCCGCCGCCAUUGAGAAGUAUUACGAUUCAGUGCCGGACGUGACUACGGACAAAUUUUUCGAAGCAUGGAGGAAGGCACUAUCGGUUUCAUGUCAUCAGAUUUGGGCUGACCAGAAGACCUGGAUCUUCGACGAAACUGCAGUGAACGCCUACUAUUUUGAUUAUUUCAAUACUGUGGCUAUUCCAACCGCAAUUCUUCAGCUGCCCUUCUUUUAUACCGGAGCUCCUGCUGCUAUCAACUAUGGCGGCAUUGGCGCGAUAAUUGGUCACGAGAUUAUGCAUGGUUACGACGUAGCACGGACUAUGUUCAACGCUUCCGGGACGCAGCGUCACUGGGCAACACCUGAGUUCCUAGCGAAUUACACAGACAAGGCUCUCUGCUUGCGGGAAUCUCACAAAGCUGCCGAGAAAAUGAAAGCCCGGCAGGCUGUGCUUGACGACACCCUCGACUCGGAAAACCUCGCUGACUUCGUGGGUGCCGUGACCGCGCACGCAGCCUACACUUCGUUGCCCGCCCUCCAGCGGAAUCUGAAGCUUCCGGGCCUCAACCUGACAGCCGAGCAUCUCUUCUUCGUCGCCCACUGCGCCAAGUGGUGCGAGAAAUGGUACAUCCGUUCAGAACGCUAUGCCUAUGGCCGCUCGCGCUGCAUUGUGCCACUGUCGAACAUGGUCGAGUUCUCGGACGCGUUCGGGUGUGCGCCAGGGACUCCCAUGAAUCCGCCCAAGAAGUGCGUCUUCUGGUUGUGACCGCGGUUCGUGGGCCUUGUGUAGUUUCACGCUCGACCUCCUUUGUGCCUUCAUUGUCAAUAACAUUGGUGCUUGAGUUUUUGGUGAGAACAACCGAAGUAGCGCCACACAAAAGACUUUCCUUGCUCCUCUGUUUUGUCGUAUUGAAGCCUAAUAUAUAUGUGUGCGAUCGUAAUGUCCGCGGUAAUUUAUUGUCUUGAGGUGCAUUAGUGAAAUCAUUGUUUGAAACAGAACACGCUCAAUGCGCUACGUAUAAUUCUUGAACAGAACCUCUAUUGCCUAACCACUAUACAUCCUAAUUGGUUGAAUGCAUGUAUUUCAAUAGCAGCUAGUUCUUUCUUUGCUUACGCUUUAGUUCCAUUGCAGUGUUGAUGCAUUCAGACUUACCAUGGAUACUGUAUGUUUGUACCCCAUAUUUCUUUGUCAUUAUUACAAUCUGUAUUAUUGAAUGUACUCCGUGAUGGUCUCACCAUUCGGAAUACUUUACAGAACAUUUCUUCUGGGAACUUCACUCUAUUGCACUCCAGGAGAAUUACUGUAGGAUGAUGUUCCUACCAUAGACAAGGGAUACUUAUCUCCAUUGGCCUGGCCUGCUAACAUCGUGUGGAAGAGAGGUUGACGGUUAAGCAUAUCAUACCUUGACGUUCAUUUCGGUAUUAGGAGCAACGCAAUGAAAGUUAUGCGCCGAAACCACAAUGAGGCGGUAAUUUAUACCCUGAACUUAAAUUUAUGUUGGAAAAAGCUAUACUUAAUUGCGCAAGAACCAUUCACCUGUUUUUGUUUACGUAUGUGCUUUAUUGUAUAAUGUAUAAUAAUGUAUAAUAUUCCAACUCCUGAUGUAGCCCUGUAUUGAACUGCAGUAUAUGCAAGCAAAUAAAAACAGCGCCGAGAAAAUGCA